UCUGCGCUGCUGGGCGCUCGCCUCACGCAUGCUGAAGACCCCGGUUACGUAAUGCAGUUUUUUUUUAUGAAUGACCCUGCGUUAAGAGACCGGCUCACUCAACGUUUCCCGACGUCCCACCCCCCCACCCGGUGGAUUUGACUCGAUCUCCGCAUCGCCAUGCAGUGCAACGGAAUGGGAAUCGGAUGAGGUGGAAGCCGGAUCCAUCCUUAAGGGAGAAGGGACGACAGGAGGGACCGGAGCCUGAUGCGGGACUCGGGGGCCAGCAUGACCUACAUACCACAGAGCUUAAGAGACCCGUCUCCAGGAACCGAGCUGCUGGUGCGCUGCGCGCCCUUUGCACCACAGUGAGAAGUGACCUUGACUUGCGUGUGACGGACGCAGAACUAUGCACAAGAUAAGUGAAUAUGUAUCAGACCGGACAGACUGAAUCAUCCGUGCGGGACAUGUCAUAAGUAAAAAUAGGUGCCAUGUCCUAAUAUAUGCGGAGACAGAGGCAAUAAGCUUUUCGCGUGUUUUUUUUUUUUUUUUUUUUUUCAUCUUCCGUGUCACUCUUGGGUCAAAGAGGAAACUAUACGGUAAAUCAAUAAUGCAGGUGGCCCGAGGCUUCUGGACACCCGUCUCCAAUUCUAGCAGCUCAGCUCUUUAACCUUUGGCCUACAACUGACGAGGUCGGCACGUGUGCCAGGAGCAAAGGUCCAGAGAAGAGCAGGGCUGACAGGGAGGAAGGUAAAUUCCUCCAGAGACUUCCAAACAUGCUGUGAACUGUGGUCGUCAAUAAAGUCGAGAGCCAAGCAAUAAACACUGAAAUACUUUGCCAGAAACUCAGAAGCUGAUUUUGGAUUUUUUUUCUUCGGGGGCUGUUAACAACACAAACGCUAGCAAUCAUGCUUCUGAACUGUGGUCAGCCAUUACCUCUCCUGAGGCACACCGAUGUGCCGCCUCGGGUCAUCGAGAACUUCAUCCUGACUGGCUACCGCUUCCCAAACUACAGCCUGAGGGAUUGCCUACUCUCAGCAUUCAGGCCGACUAAUGAGACGGGCAACUUCUGGACCCACUUCCUGCCAGUCUUUGUCUUUUCUUACUAUUUUGUGGAUGUUUUUGGCUGGGAAGGCGCACCACCCCCCGAUGCUCCGUUCUUCUAUCCACUGUGGAACUACUUUAUCGGCGUGCUCUGUCUCCUGAUCGCUAGCAGCAUGGCCCACCUGCUCAACUCGAUGUCUCUGGUGGUCAGAGAAGUCUGCUUCUUUGUGGAUUACGGCACAAUCAGUGCAUACACAGUUGGCUCAUCGCUGGCGUACUACUACUACAUACACCCUCGGGCGGGGAUAGUGGAGACGGUAGGCCAUAAUAGUUCCCACAUGGACCUGAGUCACAAACCUGCAGGGACCUUUUUUUCCUCCUAUGUGAUCCCAGAUUUCAGUGUCUUCUUUGACAUCCUCUACAUCCCAUGCGCAUGUGUCGUGGCAAUCUUUUGUGUCUUGUCGUGCUGCAACACUCGCCAUAGGUGGCGAAAGCAUCGAUAUGUCAUCCGGACCUUUGUCUUCCUCCUCCCAUUCCUCGUCUCUUCUACACCGAUCUUCUAUCGCCUCCUCACCCACUCGCCUUAUUCCGCCGCCUCCUCCUCGUUUGCCGCUUCCACUUCCAUGCCCAGCUUAUUCUACCGCCACUGCCUCUGGCUGCUGGUGUCGGCAAUCUUCAACAUUAGCAAGUUCCCGGAGCGGCUGGCCCCGGGUUGCUUUGACAUCUGGGGGCACAGCCACCAGUGGUUCCACUGCUGCACGUUCCUGUCCAUCCUGGACGAGCUGCACAUGAUCAAGACGGAGGUGAGGGCCAUCCUGCUCAGCCCCACUCUGCUGCUGCCCCCUGCCACCCUCUCCCCCCUACCUGGCCCGACCAUAGCCAGCACUUACGGGGUGAUGCUCCUCCUGCAGACCACCAUCAUCUCCAUCAUCGUGUGGUUCUCCUGGUGCGCCAACAGCAUCUACGGACCUGAGAGGGACCAGCUAGCUAAGGAGCAGGUCAAGAAACGCCUGAAAUGCCACUGAUCUCACAGACGUCUUUUAAAUCAUGUCGGAUGAGAGAGAAUAUUUGCACAUGAAUACAGAGCCAUGCUACUAGCAGAUACGCACAAGUCAAACAAUUUCCCCCUCUCUUGAGAAUGUUUUGAGCUGUCAUGACGGGAAACUGGGGACACCGGGAGAUGAGAGGAUUAUAUUCUGAGCCCAUCACAAGGGAGGCUGUCUGGUUGAGUGGAUAUUGAAGGAAGUUACCAGCUCUCUCCCCUGAGCUGUUCCAGCAUGUUCCAACAGGAUGCCUAAUCAGUGGAUAUAAUAACUUCCUCUCAGGGUUGCAUACUCGAGGACAGAGGAAAGGAGGUGGUACCCAGGAGGAGGUCCCACAUAACAUUUGGGUAAUAUUGCGUCAAAUUCGGCACGUGCAUUUCGCGGAAGUUCUCCUUGAGUGUCCUGCUGUCACGUCCUUCCUCCUCUUGCACUUCCCCCCUCCCUCUGACCUAAAAUGGUAUCUUUUUGAAAAUCCUCCGAGCCCAUUGUUUCCCAUUGAAUGAAUAAUUUUGUAAGAGCAUUGUUAAACAGAACCUUCCCUUCCUCCGAUCUACUCACGCAGUCUCACUUCCUCCCCCUUUUCCCCUUGUGACCCUCACAGCAGGAAGUGCGGUCGGACUUGCAGACGUAACAGAAAUAGCCAAGAGCUUGUAUCAGCGGUAGAGUUAAGCACUUUUCAGGGUUCUGCCCUGUCAUUAAGAAGCCAUGCUCAGUUUCUGCCCUUAAGGGAUGCAUUCAACUUGCUCAAGCGUAGGGGGAUGUUGUGCUGACAUGUCCGACCUGCUGUUCAGAUUGAAUGUGAUAUGAAUCUGCUGUUUUCCUAAACAGAAGAAGAAGCCUGUUGACUUCACUGGAGCACAUGUAGGUGAUAUCAAUCAUUGAAAAAUAGUUUGAAGCAGCAGUUCCAGGAUGAAUGCCUUUAUUGUGUACAUGACAUAGGGACUUUUCAUGUCAUGUUACACGUACAGCAGCCUCUCAGAGCAUAAGCCAUACUUUAGAAUAAUGAGAGUUAAAAUAAUGGCAAUAUUGUAGUUGUAUAAUGUCACCAGGAACUUCUCUGGAUAGAGAUUUUUGCGCUCUACAGAUAAACCAGGCUGACGGCUCACUUCGCAGUUUGUACCUCUUGUGUAUCAGCAUCAGUUUAAAAAAGAAAAUAGAAAAUACUGUCCCAGGCACCUCGGGGCUGCAGGCUCACACCCUGCUUGCACCAAGGUUAGAUACCAACACUUGCUGAAACACCCGUGCUGACGUCUGCUUUUCUUUUCCUUCCUCUUUGAUCCUUCAAUUCUGCUGCUUGACCUAAACUGUGCAGGACCAUUAUUUGGGUGGCUAGCUAUAAAUCCAAUUUAUUGAGAUGUUCUCUUUUACUCUCUGUGACUGCUCCAAUUGUCUGAGUCAAUAUUUGUGUUUUAAGUAGAUUUGUGAUUUUAUGAAAGAAGGGCAAAUGUGUCAUGUUUGCCAAGUAGACUAAUUGGUCAGUUGUUUCCCUGAUGAGAAGAAAACAAGAUAUAUUAUGUAUGUAGCGCAGACUUAUGUGAGUUAUGGGCAUUAUGAGGUCCCCAGCAUUCACUGAUUCAUUUACUGUAGUUUGAUAUAACAGUUUGUGCUCACUACCACUUUUUUGGCAUUUUCAUUUCUGCUUUGUCACAUUUAAGCUGUUUUCAGACAUGAACUCCGGAGACAGUCACGUUGUUGUGACUCUGCUUAAAUGGUUUAUUCCGGGACAUUUCCUGACUAUAUUUGGCCCCGACAUUGUAAAGAAUUACUUUUACGUCACACUUUAACUUUAACUGUUGUCGAUAAGUCAUGUUCGUCUAAUUUCAGAAACGUCACGAUUGUUCGUUCUGCUCAUAUCUGCACACCCACUCGUGCUUCGUACACGUACACUUGCACAAGAGACAAUGGUGAGAAGUGGAAGCUGAGUUGUGUGGUAUGCACGAUACUGGAAUGAGAACACAGGGACCAUAUCAAGCGGUUGUAAUAAUCAUGCUGUUAUGAUGCACUUUAAAGAUUCUUCUAUGUCCUCAACAUGUUCCUUUUAAGGGAGUACUGUAUUAUUUCAGAGGUUCACCAGAUAAAGACGCAUCCGGUGUGAACGCGAUGUUUCUACCUCAACACAUUUGUUUUGUCACUGAGAAGAACCAUCAUUGAAACAGACUGUGGCUGCCAGACUUGAACUGUUGUUGCUGAAGAGUGUGAGUGAGAGUAUGUGACUGUUAGACUUACAGACUGUUGUAUCUUUCCAAGGGAAGCACUCAGAUGUGACUGAAGAAAGACACUUACACAUUAUUUACAUGCACUGGAAUUAUGAAUUACUAGAGGUGGAGGUAUACGUACUGUGUCUGUUCAUUCAGAAAAAAAGAGAAAACCCUCCUCUAUUAGCUUAAUAAAUGUAAAUCUCACUAAUAUAUGGAUUAUUAGAGCUCUAUUGAAUAAAUUAUGCAGAGAACUGUU